UCACGUGUUUUGAUACGUGACGUCGUCAUUUCGAACGAACAUUUGUCCUUCCAUUCCGUUUGAUAAAAAUGGACGUUUACGAAUUUAAUUCGUUAGAUUAUCCGGAAAUUGCACCGAGAAAGAAAAGGCGAUUGCCAUUUGCACAGUUUUUGGAUCAACAGAGUAAGAUUUUGUCCUGUAAAUAUCCCUUUCUUACAAGGAGACAAAUUAAAGAGAAGACCAAAGAAUUAUGGCAUAAAAAUUGUUUGGGGCGAGAAACUAUUAAUUUUAAAUCAAGCACAAAUUCGUAUAAAAAAAAUCAAAAAGUUUUGCCUGAUAAAUGCCAUUCUUAUAAGAAGGAAUCUGUGAUUACAUAUUCUACACAAAAUUCUAUAAAAUAUCGUGGCAAAGAGAAACUUUCGACUGCCGAAAAUAUUCAAAAGAAAAUGUUUGGAAUAUUAAGAAAAAAAGGAGAAAAUAAAACAUCCAAGGAAUUCAGAGUUACAUUUGUCGAAGAAUGUAAAAGUAAUCUUCAAAAUGAAAAUCCAUCUGAACUGUUUCGUUCGUCAAAUGUGGAUUUUUUAACAAAAUUUUCCACCAAUGACAUAGGAGUUAACGACAAGAAAGAUAAUUUUGCAGGUGAUAAUACUUGUUUAAAUUCGAAUUUUGCAAACGAUAAUGAAUUCGAAGCAAAUUGUGAAAGUUCACCCGAAAAUCAAGAAUCGCUUGAAUCUGAAUCCGAUUACGAUGUUCUUCAGACAAUGUUUUCUCUAGAAAGAUUUAAGUGCAAAAAUAGUGAUCAAGAUAUUCUCAUUCCAAACAAUGAUAAACAAUUCGAAAUGUCAAUUCCUGCUUUUCCAGCUAUCGAAAAUACUGAUGAAAAAAAUAUGAACAGAAGAAAUGAAAGCGAAAAGCAUGUCGAAUCUAAUUUACAAAAGGAUUUUCAAUCGCCAAAAAGGAAUAUUUCACUUUUUGCUGAUGAAAUCUCUCAAUCAGUUGACGAAAUCUUAUCCUGCAACAGCGAUAAACUUAAUACUGCUAUAAUAAAUAUAUCAGAUAGCGAAUUAUUUUUAAGUUCUUCCGAAAAUAAUGAAUUAGAAGAAUUGAAAACACAAGAGAUAAAAACUAAGAAACCAUUCGAAAACGAUCCAAAGUUAAAAUACGAAAAUGAAAAGUGCAAUGUUGUAGAUUCUGAGAUCAAUAACAUAAUAAAUACUUUAGAAAAAUUCGGCAACGAUGACGAACAUAGUUUAGAAGAUAAACCAGAAACAAAUUUUAAGUCACGGAGUUUUAAUAUUGUCGAAACAGGAAAAAUUCCCAGGAAAAAUUCGUCAAAGAAACCGAAAAUUAAUUCGAGUCAAAAAAAGAAAUUUGUGAAAGAUCAUUCGUGUUCGAAUACGAAAUCUAACGAAAAAAUACGUAAAAUUCGUACUCCAAGAGGUGAACUUUCGUUUUCUUCUGCGGAAAACGAUAAAAAUUCAAAAGUAUUAAAAAGUAAAAGUAAAGAAAAAUUGAAAUCAAAAUCUUUCUUCGAUGAUAAACUAUUUUUAGAAACUAUUGAAAAUGAGGACAUAAUAACCGAAGAAAAAGAAUUUAAUAAUAGUCCAGAAACUAAAGUAAAUCAUUCAUUAGUAAAUGAGAAAAAGCCAGAAAAGCAGAAAAUCGACGAGAUUUAUGAUUUUAGUCGUGAUCUGUUUACUGCCGACAAGUUAAACGUUAAAAUGAAACAGCCAUUUGUUCCAGAAACCGAAUUUGGAUCAAAUAUUUCUUCUGUUAAAGCUUUAUUUUCUCAUUCAAACAGUAAGCAAGAACAUUCAGAAGACAUCGUCGAUCGUUUCAUCGAAUCGAUGAAAGAAAUUGGGUCUAUUUUAGGAUCCAGUUCUCUUUUGAAUAUAUCUGAAGAUGAGUUAAAUUGCGAAGAUGUAUAUUCGAAAGAAGUCAAAGAAAACGAAUUAAUCCUGGAGCCAGAAAAUAAAGAAAAUCAGAAUUCACCGAAAAAUAGUUUUGAAAACAAAACAUUAAAAAACCUAAAAUCAAAAUUACUAAAUUCGAAUCUGUUAGUGAAAAGUAAAAUCAAAGUUCAACCUGUUUUUAAAAAGCAUUCUAAUAAGCAAUCGGAUAGAUCCAAAGGUUUGUUAAAACCUAGGAUUACAGAAAAUUUGGAUGACGACAAAGCAUUAUCUAAGAAUUUCGAUUUUGAAAAAGAAGAUGGUGAUUCUAAAGCUAAGCCAAAUUUACAAGGAGGAAAUUCCAUUUUUACUUCGACUGGCGCAAAACGCAAGCCUAUAAAUACAAAAUUUCAAUUGGAUUUUUCUCUAGAUGAUGCAUUUUCCCUCUCUUCUGACGAUGAAGAUCCUCUUAAUCUGGUGGAUAGUUACAACGAAAAUCAGGUAGAAAAUAUCAAAUUUAUUUAUUUCAUUUAUAUACGAACAUUGUUUAAUGACUUUUUAAUUUUUAAAAAGUCAUUUUCUAUUAAAUUUUACUGGAAAGAUGUGGAUAUGUUGCGUAUGUUUUGUAGGGAAUAGACAGCUUACGUGAAA